AAGUAAGUAAGUAAGUAAAUAUUCUUUAUUGCACCAACAAUUAUACAUUUUACAUACAUGUAAAACUACAAAUUGAUGGUUUGGCUAUGGGUUCUCCGCUGAGUCCUUUAAUGGCGGAUAUUUUUAUGGACCAUUUUGAGAACCAGCACAUUGUAGGCAAUAAUAAUAUAUUAUAUUAUUUUAGAUACGUAGAUGAUUUGAUUAUUUGUUGGAUGGGGAGCAUGGGCCAACUGGAUGCUUUUAUUGCUGAACUUAAUAGUAAGCAUCCGAAAAUCAAGUUUAAAAAGGAACUGGAGCAAGACAACUCAUUGAAUUUUCUGGAUUUAACAAUUUCGAGAGUGAAUAAUAGGCAUCAUUUCCAAAUUUACCGUAAGCCUACACAUACUGAUUCGGUUAUCCCGGCUUCUUCGACGCAUCCAUGGCAACAUAAGUUGGCUGCUUUUCAUUGUUAUGUGCAUCGGAUGUUGACUGUGCCUCUUUCUGAUGAACACUAUCGAGCUGAACUAAAUAAUAUUUAUCAUUUAGCAGUUUCGAAUGGCUAUGAUAAGUCUGUUGUGGAUGGAAUCAUCAGAAAAAAGCGAAAUAGUAUAGUCAACAAUAUGUUGUAUGCUGCACGAUCCUCUGAGCCGAUUAAGAAAUACAAAGCGAGCAUAACUUAUGUUGGCAAAUUGUCAGAUGCAAUUUACAAAAUUUUAAAAUCUAACGACAUUCCUGUGGCUUUUAGGACAAACAACACUUUGCACUCUAAACUUUGCAAUGGGAAAGAUAAGCUCGAGAAGGGAAAAAAAUCUGGAGUUUAUAAGCUUACUUGUGAUAAUUGUAAUAAAGUGUAUGUGGGGCAAACAGGCCGUAAUUUCACUACCAGGUAUAAGGAGCAUGUUGCGUCAUACAGACACAACCAUCCAGAAAAGUCAAAUUUUGCGAAGCACUUGAUAGACAGUGGCCAUGCUUUACCUGAGAAUCAUUCUUUUGAUAUUUUACAUGUUUGCGAGAAAGGAUUGCGUUUGAGUGUUCUGGAACAGUUGGAAAUAAUUAGGUACAACAAUAGGGGGAUGAUUCUUAACGAACAGUUGAAUGUUGCGUCAUCGCCGUUAUUACGAAUUUUUCCAUCUCACUCACACUUGCACAGUAGGGGGACUGGUCAAGGUAUAAAUAUGGCCGACCGUUCUAGACAGCUCAGUCAGUUGUCGGGUGUCAUACCGUCAACAUCUCCUGAGGAUGCCUCGUAGAGAGGCGAAACACGUGUCGAGUUUUGUACUUUUGGUGGUGGGUUGUUAUAUUUAUUUGCGUAUUUAUUUUUGCGGUGGGAGGGUGGGAACAUUAAUUGCAUGUAAAAAUACGCAAGUAAGUAUAACGGGUUAGCACUGAUUGACUAACACGUUAUUUUCUCGCGGAUUAGCAAAGUAAUAUUACUUGUUUUAAUUAGCAUGGAUUUCCGCAAAGUAACGCCUGAUUCUAUUAAUUAGAUGUAA